AUACUUGGGCCUCCCUACCUGCCACUCAGGAGUUGCCUUCUUUGGGGAAAGGGCAUAAAGCAGGAAAUGAAAAGCAGCAUCACAGGAAGGCAACACACAUCCCGUAUCAUUAGGUGGGAUGUUUUGCAUUCAAGAGCAGCUUGUCAGAAAAUAGUCCCUGCUUCAAGGGAUGCCUCUGGACAUGGGGCAGCUAAGGCCCACUAUAAAAGCCAGCCCAGCUCCAUGCUCUCUCAUCCACUUUUCUGGCCUUCUUCUUGUUGGGAACCAGGUGAGUGUGCACCUCCUACCCCCAGACAUGUCCUGCUACGACCAGUGCCGGCCAUGCCAGCCCUGUGGCCCGACCCCGCUGGCCAGCAGCUGCAACGAGCCCUGCGUCAGGCAGUGCCAGAACUCCACCAUUGUCAUCCAGCCCUCUCCCGUGGUGGUGACCCUGCCCGGCCCCAUCCUCAGCUCCUUCCCGCAGAACACGGCUGUGGGAUCCUCCACCUCUGCUGCCGUUGGCAGCAUCCUCAGCUGUGAUGGAGUCCCCAUCAACUCUGGGUGCUGUGACCUCUCCUGCAUUACCAGCCGCUACUGUGGCAGCAGGUGCCGCCCCUGCUAAAGAUGCCAGACAGUGCCCCAGACCAGGA